GAGGUCAGCCUGCAGUGGAUAUGACGUGAACUCUUGGACACCCACCUUAAACCCUAAUAAGGAAGGCAAUUACAUGUUUGCCUAAGGGGUUUAAUUAUUUUUCUCACAAUACAAAGUGUCCACAUGAGAUUUGCCCGGGCUAUUCAGAGGGAGUGGACUUUUACCUUUAUGGGUUUAGCACACACUUCCUGGUAGUCAGCUGUCUGACUGUGGCUUUCAGGCUGAUCCACAGAUCAUUCCUCAGGCUUGAUUUGUAAGGGCUGCUAAAAGGAUUCAGUCAUUAUUCUGUGACUCUUCAAACUACAUUACAUACAUGCAAGGAACUACUUCAAUACAUUUUCUCAUCAUUGCAACACAAUUACAAGUUGAGCAAGUCUAGUGUCUUACUACAACUGGACCACACACACAUCAACAUACUUAAAAGAGACUACAAGAGAUCGAGCUGAGGGAUCGUCACUGUCUCCAAAGAAGAGCAGAAGGAUCAAUUUGAAGAAUCUCAUGACAAGUUACAGCAACGGUGGAUUUUUCAACCCUGCUUACCAUGACAGCGAGACUCUGGAAAUUGAUAGACGGUCUUCGAGCAAAACCCACCACACUAACCCCUAUGCCAGGGAAGACCCAGCCUGGCGGGGGGACAAGGCAGAGGCAUAUAACACUCCUGUGGGUCAGACCGGAGGUGAUGACGCUUUGGCGAGAGUACCCUGGGGGGGCUGGCAGGAAGAGAGCUGGAGGGGGAGAGAAAGUAUCCCCAUGGGCCUCAUCUCAACACGCCCUGGGAGCCCCUCAUGGCAGCAUGAUCUCAAUCACAGUACAUUUCAAAUCGACCCCGACUCUCACUAUGAUCGAUCGCCAUCUGUUCGACUCCCCUCUACAGUAUCAGGUAACAUGACAAUGCGAUGGAGGGGACUCACAAUGAGAAGGAUGAGCAUGUUUCCUAACACUGAUCCUGCACAUCGAGUGUUCACAGAGGAUGCCAUCAGGAAUGAGAUGGAGAAUGAGGAACAGAACCUGGUCAAGGAGCUCGUUGCCAUGUCAACACGAGACCGGAUCCGGGCCAUUCGGGACCUUCCAAUGAGCUUUGAAGAAAAGAAACAUAUCAGGAGCCAAGUGCUGGCAUUCAAGUCUUCCAAGCAAUCUCGCCAGCUCACAUGUUUUGCAGAUUGCUCUGAGAAUGUCUCACUGUUUUUCCGCAGGUGCGGCUAUGGCAUCAGGUCAGCCAGGCAGACCCUGGAACUGUGGCACGGCAUCAUGAAAGAGAUUGGUGGCAAAUUUGGCACCAGUGUCCUGUCCUACUUUGUGUUCCUCAAGUGGCUGCUCAUGUUCAACAUCUUCUCCUUCCUGGUCAACUUUGGCUUUAUCACCAUCCCGCUGCUUGUUUAUGACCCCUUACCCAACAUACCUCCAAAUGUGAGCUUCAGAGGAUUGGAGAUACUGACUGGAGCUGGUUACUUCAACUAUACUGUCAUGUACUAUGGUGGCUACAGCAAUGAAACACUUGUGGGUUUAGUGGAAUACAACAUGCAGCUGGCCUAUUUCUUCACCAUUGCAGUCUAUAUGGUGUUGUGUGGAAUUGUACUUAUUUUCAGCAUGGCAAGCUCAUUUAAGACAAACUAUGUACUAGCAGAACCAACUUCAAGCGGUGCAUGGCAGCUUCUAUGCAGCUGGGAUUUUAGUAUGACCAAUGAGAGAGCAGUGAGACAGCGCAAGAAUAACCUUCGUGUCCAACUCAAGGAGUCUUUGUCAGAAAAGGCCCAGAGGGAGCUGCUAACCCUCUCUGAAAAACUGAAGCACUUCGGGGUUCAUCUGGGUUCCUGGCUUCUCUCCACUGGCUUAGCUGUUGGCUGUGGAGCCAGCAUCUACUUUCUCUGCCAAUAUGAACAGCAGCGAGCAACAGAUGCCACCGACUGGUCUCUGCUUCAGGAGGCAGAGACUCUCCUGGUUCCCUUUGUGGUGUCUCUGAUGAACCUGGUUGUCCCGCUCCUCUACUCCCUCUUCAACAAGUUUGAGCAGUACUCCAGCCAGCGGAGACAGAUCUACGCUCUAGUAGUCAGAAAUGUCUUACUCAGGAUGUCCAUUCUGGGUGUCCUGUGUUAUUACUGGAUGAAUGUGGUGGUAAUAAAGUUCUCGUGUUGGGAGUCCAUGGUAGGACAGGCUUUGUACCGUCUGGUCAUUGUUGACUUCCUUUUUAUCACGUUGGGAUCCUUCUUUGGAGAGUUUCUUAGCAAUGUGAUUGGGACCAGAAUACUGCCACGUCUGGGGGUUCCAGAGUUCGACAUCGCCAGAAAUGUGCUUGAACUCAUCUAUGCACAGACUCUAGCCUGGAUUGGAAUCUACUUCUCUCCUCUGCUGCCCGCCAUCCAGAUUGUCAAAUUUUUCAUCUUGUUUUACUUGAAGAAGAUCAGCCUGACCCAGAACUGCCAGCCUCCACGGCGAACGGGCAGGGCAGCUCAGAUGCAAACAACCUUCAUCGCCCUCCUCUUCUUCCCUUUCUUUGUGGGAGCCUUGUCCAUGGUUGCAUACACUGCCUGGAGACUGACUCCCUCAGAGCAGUGUGGUCCUUUUCGGGGACUCAACAAUACCUUCAGUGUGGUUGGAAUCUGGAUAGAUGAUCUGGAGAAGAUCCCCGGUUCUCAGUGGGUUGUUUGGAUCUACCAAAAUGUCAUCAGGAGUGAAAUCUUCUAUUUUCUUAUCACAAUCAUCAUCCUGGUCAUCAUAUACAUCUUCUGGCAAGUUGCUCAGGGCCGCAAGGAGCUUAUUGGUCUACUGAGACAACAAAUUGUUAAUGAGGGAAAAGACAAAUCAUUCUUGUUAGACAAGCUCCAGAACCUCCAGAAAUCUCAGCCUAAUAAGAGACCCAAACAGAAGAACCAAAAAAAGCACACCAAACGGCGUUCAGAUGACCACUCUUCAGGUGCUCAAUCCAACUCAAACGCCAUGGUUCAGGCUUUACUUGCUCGCCAGCAAAUUGAAGAGGAAGAAGACAGACGUCACGCUGGUGGAGUGCCCGUUCCCUCCGACAUCUCCACCUCCAGUGCUCUGAUGCAGGCCUUGUUGGCCCGUCAGAGAGCUGACGGCCAGGAUGAAGAUUUGUACAAGAUGCCUGAUAAACACUCGACAUCCUCCAGUGCCCUCACACAGGCCAUACAAGCCAGACAGAGGGCUGAGGGUCAAGGGGGGAGUGAAUACUACAGUACAGCAGGUUUUUCUGAAAACCCUGCCAACAGAUCCAGCGCUGUCAUGCAGGCGAUACAAGCCAGACAAAGAGCAGAGGAAAACGGAGCAGCUAAUACAGAUGCCUUGCCAUCUCCUGUGUCAGGUGUUAUGAUGCAGGUCAUGCAGGCCAGACAGAGAGCAGAGGAGGAGGACAGGUUUCUGUGGGCCCCUGCUCCACCACAAAACCCAGCCCCCUCAGGCUCCAGUGCUCUCAUUCAGGCCAUGUUGGCCCGGCAGCAGGCCCAGAACGAGUAUGAUGAUGGUUACUGAACAAAGGGGUCUGACCUUAUAUAACCACGGGGACAGGAACAGAAGGGAAGAGAACAACAGAAUGGAUUUCUUUAAGAUGACUGAAAUCAGUCCAGGAAUGGGGAGAUUUCUCCUGAUUUGCAAUACAUUCAGUCCUUCUGUAUAUAGGUAGCUACUGUAGCGUGGCUAUGAGAGAGUGCAGGUCCACCUCUUUUUUUUUUUACAAAUACCUUUUAAUUGUAUAUUUAGUAAAUAAGUAAGUGCUAUAACAUAAACACACUAGGCCUGAUCUUGUGCCAUUUCUAAUGUAAUUUCUGUAACAUAAAUGUAAGCCAUUAACAUUGUAUAUAUUCUCUGUGAAAAGUAGAUGAACACUUGAUACACAUAAAAGAAAGGCAAAAAUAAACUCAUCACUGUCCAGUGCAUAUUAAGUAAGAAAAGGCACUGUGAAGCAAAAUGUUAAUGCCAAAAUAAACCUGUGAUAACGAACAGAAUUACAGUCACCACCAUUUAUGGAAUGAAUAAGCAUGGUUUGUUAAGACAACACUGCCCCCUGUAGGAUAUAUGUGUACAAUACCACAGAUGUUGAGUUUUACGUUUAUCAGACAAUGACUGUCCUCUUAAACUUUGUUCUUGGCUAGUGGUUCUUGAAUCAUUCUAAAGAUCCCCUCCAGAUGUGCUUUAAAAAAUAAUUUACUUUGAAUAAUAAUUUGUAUGGAAGCCCAUUUAUGCCACUGUAAUGAAAAAAACCCUGUAAAGGCUUAGUACUAUUCAUUAUUUUGAGACACUAAUUAUUUUUUGAAAAAGUUUCAAAUUGUUUCGAUAUUCAAGUCAUUUUCUUAAUCACACUGGUGGAAAUGGGCCUCCAUAGAGUAAUGGUGUUCCAUACUAAAGUGAAUGCAAUCUAAUAUGUAGUAAAAAAUUGAAAAUUCAAUGUUCAUAGCUGUAAUGUAAAUUCACUAGAUACACUACAACACUACACUACAACAUUAAAAUGCUGUUGUAAUGCAGUAAUUAUUAUUACUCCAGUGGUAUUAUAUGUAAUGCUAAAGUUGUCUACGUAGCAAUAGCAAAAACAUACAUAUAGUACCUUUAUGCAAAGCACCUGAAUACAUCUUCCACCACUGCCUGCACUCAGGAUACAGGUACAAACAUCUGCCACAGACAUAGAUACAUUUCUGAAAAGAGAGGGGGUCACAACCCCCCCCACCACCACCACCACCACACACACACACACACUGUGGAAGUUAGGCCCUUGAAGGCAACAAUAUCCAGGACAGAUUUUUGACUGAGAGGAUUUUAAUAUCCACCAAAUUUAUCUCGAUACCAUGAGCAUUUAUUUCCUUCCAAUCAAAGCAGAAACAUCAAAUGAAAAUUACAUUACACUUACUGUCGAUCUUUCUGAUCAUGCCAUUACAACUGCUCUUAUGAACCUUCAUGCUACAAAAGUCUGUUUCACUGCACUGUUUUUUUUUUCAAUAUAAUUAAUGCAGGUGUGUUUCAAAUUCAUUUGGACUUCAUGACACAAUAAAAGUAACUGAUGCGAACAUCCAAAAGUGAAAUAAUACACAAUUUUCCACAACCAUUCUGUGUACAAACAUACUGCACACUUACACCUCACAAUCUAUUUACAAUUUACAUACUGUAUCUAGGCACAUCAUUUGCAGUAUUUGUGGCUUUAUGACACAUUUAAUAAACACCUGUUAUAAUAGUCACUCUGUCUUUGUGAAUA